GAGAACUUCUAUCAACAACACCGAACUCAAUAUUUUUAUAUCUUUUGUGUUACAUCAAGGUUUUGAUAAUUUCUAUCAUAUCGAUGUUUGAGGUUUCUUCGUAUUAGGCAAAAAAGAAUAAAGAUGCAAUUCCGUUGUCACAUUAUACCAGCAAGCUAAAACUGGGUUUUGUUGCCAUUGCCAUUUAGUUGUGUUAAGCCUUACUUUUGGUGAAGUGCUGUCAAAUAAGCCACAAUGCAACAUCUCAUCUUAUGAUCUCGUGUUAUUCAACGGGGAAACAUUAGUAAUACUUUCCUACUGUUCAUACUAUUGAUUCAAUUUACAACACAUUGGGUUAAGUUGAACCAAUCUGCUGAAACAUGAAAUGUUGGGUGCUAGUAAUUCGUAGUUUUCGAAGUAGAUUUUUCCUUUAUAUUGUCAUAUUCUUAUGCAUUUUGUAUGUUUGUAGGGUAUAUCAAAACAAAAAAUAUGUUUCAAUCAAAUCAAUGUUGUAUAACUUUCCUUAUUUAGAUGGCUCAAAUUUUUUCUUCAGGAGAUCAUUUGACAACUACAAUCAAUUUACGCCUGGUGCCUUCCUAAAACAAAUGAAACCGUCAAAUGAAAGCUUCUGUAGUUUUAGAUUGGGUUUUCCUGAUUAUUUUGAUCUCUCUGACAGUGAAAUUAAUUUUAGUCCAGAACUAGGAGAAAAGGGUUCCUAUCGAGUAAUUUUUAAUGUACUGCAAGGAACAUGGCCUAAAAAUAAUUCUACUAGUGUUACAUACUGUUCACAUUUAACACCAGAAUUUUUGUACUAUUUAGUAGAAAUUGUUGUUAGAUGGGAAGGACCAAUUAGCAUCGCUGCUUUUGUCCCUAGUUACGAUGCAUCCACAACUCUUUGCCUCUUGCAAAGAUUAUGUUUGUGUGUUCCUGAAAUGUCAAAAGUGUCUUUACAUUUUGUAUUUCCUAUAGAACAUCCUCCUGAUCAUUUAUCCUGCCACCCAACUUUAUUUGUCCCUGAAGGGUGUUCAGUACCAUCCAUUGUUGCUAGUAGGAGUCUUAACACAUUUAGAAACCAAGAAGAAUUGAUCUAUCCAGUGAACGUUGCAAGGAAUGUAGCUAGAACUAGAGCUCUAACAAAAUUUGUUAUCGUGUCUGACAUUGAAUUGAUACCAAGCAGACAUUUAGUAUCACAUUUUGUAAAAAUGUUGUCAAGAUUUCAUUUGAAAAGUGAUGGAAAAGUUCCAUUAAAACAUCUGGUUUAUGUCGUACCAGUUUUUGAAGUUGAACAUUUUAUUUCCAACAUUCCAGAAAAAAAGUCAGAAUUGUUAUACUUGUACUCUCAAAAUAGGGCAAUUUAUUUUCAUCGGUGGAUAUGUUUACACUGCCAAAGAUUUCCUGGUCUUCAGAGGUGGAUACACCACUCUAGCACUUCUACAGAUAACUCAAUUCAGCCAAUGUUGGUAGUCAAGAGAGAGUUCCCCUACCAUCGAUGGGAACCGAUCUACAUAGGAACCAAUGAAGAACCCCUCUACAGUGAGCUGCUUAGUUGGGAAGGAAAACAAGACAAGAUGAUUCAGAUGCAUGAGAUGUGUCUGCUCGGUUAUCGCUUUGUGAUCUUGGACGGUGCCUUUCUGGUCCAUGCGCCAGGCAUCAAACGCCAUCCGGGCCCUCGGUCGGAGGUUCAGACGGCGCAUCACUACAACAAUAUGCGCCAUUAUGAACAGAUCAUGAAGGCUGUCAGUGCCAGACUAGGCUCUAAGCAAGGCUGUAAAAUCCACUAACAGUCGCUGUCAUUCUCAUCUCAUCUUUGCAAGAUCUCGAGGAAUAGACGUUCUCACAAUUACUCCAAGCGCAAAAGAGAAAAAAUGUUCAUCGGGCGAGUAUACGACAAAAAGAAGAGCAAACAAGCCACCAACA